CGUCUUCUUCUCCACCAUCUUCUCAGAACAUUCCAAGGCCAAAAGAACUAACCGAAAUGACCACCCCACCCAAAGACCCCAACCCCAACCCCAUCCAAACCCACGGCUUCACAGCCAUCCCGGCCUCAUCCACCACCUUCACAGACCCAGUAACCCACAAGGAUACCACCCCCCAUCACCACCCCCUUACAUCAACACCCAUCCCCACCACCCCCCUCGCGCAACGCAUCCUAUCCUACGCCCGAGCCCACCUUCCCACCCAAACCCUGCACCACAGCCUCCGCGUCUACCACUACGGACUCGCCAUGAAUCAGUACCUGUCCUCCCAGGGCGUCGGCGGCGAGUCCAGUCCAGGCUGGGCAGGUUUCUCCGACGAGACGUUCUUCUUGGCGUGUAUGCUACACGACAUUGGCACGACGCAGGAGAAUAUGACGGGUACGAGGCUGAGUUUUGAGUUUGCGGGUGGGAUCCGGGCUUUGGGGGUGUUGUUGGGGGAUGGGGGGGAUGGGGGGAGGGAUGCUAGGCAUGGGGAAGGGGUGGCGAGUAAGGAGCAGACGGAGAGUGUUGUUGAGGCGAUUAUAAGACAUCAGGAUUUGUGUGAGGUGGGGUGGAUUACUGCUCUUGGGGGGGUGUUGCAGUUGGGGACUAUUUUUGAUAACACCGGCAAGCACGCCCAUCUCCUCCACGAAGACACCAUAAACGAGGUCAUCAGACAAUAUCCCCGGACCGGAUGGAGUGCGUGCUUUGCGGGGGUCGUGAAAGAGGAGAUUCGGCAGAAGCCGUGGGCUCAUAGUACGGUGCUGGGGGAGGAGUUUGCAGAGCGGGUUCUGGGGAAUCCGUAUGGAGAUGAAUAGGCUUGGUGGGUGUGGGUAUAUACAGGUGUAUAUGCUGGGUGGUUGAAUAUGUCAUUGUGCUUCGGUUCUAUAAGAAGAGGGUGUCAUUGGUGAGGUUUGGGGGCUAAACUAGUGAUCGACACUACUGACUAGCAUUCGUCAGGUUUAUACUCCCUGGGUAGUCCAUGGUAUAUCGUAUAUCUAUUUGAAUUUCG